CACCACAAUUGAAUUACGCUUGCCUUUCUCCCUUGAGCAAACAAUUGCAGCUCUAGUGCACCUUGCGUGGGCACGCAUGCGCUUGUUAUCGCGCUCGUUCUGUUUCAUAUGUCUGGGGUUUUCAGCGCUACUUUUUCAGUCUGGACCUGCCGCCGCUCUUUGGCCUUUUCCACCAAAGCGAUUCAAGGGCAAUGCACUACUUAGCGCUGGGAGUUUAGGACUCGAUAAAUUAGACGGUCGAAUAGUGGCUUUUGGAGACUUUGAUGGGAACCAAUUUCUCGAUGUGAUGUCACUGAGUGAGGACCAACAAACCAUUCGCGUGCAUCUUUGGGAUCAUGAUGCAUUCGAAUUUCGCCCUUCGAACCAGCUAUCUCUUGGUCGCAGGAUUGUUAACGUGAUUCCUGCCGAUUACAAUAGGGAUGGGAGGCUCGACAUACUAGUCAUGUGCGAAUCACGAACACCAGAAGUGCUAGAUUUAUUCCUGUACCUUGGCGUCGAAGGGGGUUUUGACAGCAACGUCAUCACGCCACCCCAGUCGACUGAUGCUCAGCCUUUACUUAUUGAUGCAUUUGGGGAGAUGAAGGUAGAUUUACUGGGCGUUGCACCAUCGCUUGUUGGUCACUCCGGCUUAACACUAUGGAACAACACUCGUUCCGGUGGAGAUGUUGGCCCCGAGUUCUUCCAUCUCGUCGAUGCACCUCUUCAGGGAACAGCGUGUAUCAUUUCCUCGCCGCACAGCAAUGCUAUUGUAGACUUUGAUGGCGAUUGUCUCGGAGACGUCUUCCUUACAUGCGGGUCUCACUCUCACAAGUCAUUCCAAAUAUGGACCAAUAUCAAGGGCCGAGGUUUCACGCUUUCUCGGUCGGGUUCUUUUCCGGAAAAUACUGGUGCCAUUUCUUUUGCUGAUAUGAAUCGAGAUGGGACAAUCGAUAUGAUUUUUCCCACCUGCUUAUCAGUUUCUAUGUCCACCGGGAUAGGUACUGGUUGUAAGAUCAACAUUGUGUACAACCAGCAGAAACCACUCUGUGCCUCAACUAGCGGGGCGUCUGGUCUUGGACAGACGAACUACUGCAGGCGUCCUGAUAACCUGUGCAGCUCUGAUCCUGACUUUCAGUUCGACUUCAAUCAAGUGCUUCCCUUUCACCUCAAGCGAGUAACGUUUCCUGAUCUGCUUUUUUCUUUUAUUCACCAGGGCAUUGUCUCGUACGAUCUUGCGGAACUGACCCCUGAUCAAUCCGAUUCUCUGUUGCUGUACGAUAUUACCACUAGCCCGCCCAUACCGAUCCCAAUACGUAUAGGAGAUUUGGACCUUGACGGCUUUCCAGAUCUUGUCCCCAUUGUUGUGCAGAAGCGUGACCGUUCUUGGACUACUCCUAUCCUACUAUUCUCCGUUUCUUGCAGGAGAGGAUUAGCAGGCUGCAGUGGAAACAAACUGUCCUCCGGAAGGAGCUAUAAAGUAAUGACGAAGAAUACCCAAGAGCUCUAUGACAUCAAGGAUGCUCGCGGAGUAGCAUUGUUGGAUUUGGAUGAGGAUGGCACACUUGACCUCAUGGUUCAGCGCACGGGGAAGCAGAUGGGGACGAAGGUGACGUUCAUCCAGAACAAUUUCUUCCAUGAUGCAUUUUUCUUGAAAGCGAUUGUUUUGAAUGGCGCUUGUGUUGGAUGGUGCAUCCCGGAACAUUCUAAUGAGACGAAGUACCAUCCAUUUGGUGUUGCGUACUCUGGGCCAUCGUACAAGUACACUGUUAUAGAUCCAAACGGUUACCGGUCUGCAGCUCAAGUUGGACAACUCCCGCAAACGUCGUAUCAUGCUCUCCAGACCCCAUAUGCGUUUUUCGGCCUUGGUCGUACCAAUAAUUACAUCGAAAACCUCUUUGUCGGCUCAACAAAGACGCAAACCUACCAUUACAUCAACAUGGAGGGUGUCAUACCGAACUCCAAGGUCGUCAUCAGCCCUCCAAUAGGGAAUCGACAGCCUUCCGACUGGAAAAAAGAGCUGUACUUACGGCCGGGCGAGUGGAUUCCUGUAGUCUCACUAACUGUCGUUAUUGCAACCCUAGUUCUAGCUAUUAUCUGGUUUAUAUUACACCUUAAUGAAAAGAGAGAAGAUGAACUUGAAAGGAGGAGGAAGCUUCACCAUAUUAACUUCGAUGCUUUAUAAUUAUUUUGAUAGGACUACACCUGUACAUAUUUUGCGUAUGUAGUCAUGAGGAUUGGCAGGAGGUUGUGUG